AUGGCCACUAUACAUCUGGGUAUCGCCUUGUUCUGGAUCCAUGGUGAUUCAAAAGACAAGGAAUCUUACUUCCAUUGGGCUGUGGUGGCAACGGAAACCAGUUGGACCAACGGGGAUGGUAUUCAGACGUACGACAUCGCUCCCACUCUGGAUCGAAAAUGGGAACAACGCGUCCGAUGCAGGGACCUAGCUGAGGAUCACACCUUCUGCGGCAUCGUAGAGUUCGCCACUACGAAUCUUCCUGCAGACGACGUGGAUGAAUUCAUACGUGACCGUCCAUCUGAGGACGACGGUUGGCGAAUCCAGGGUCCCCUGCGAUGGUCCAGUCCCUCUUGGGCAUUAAAGAUCAUGUGUGAUCUGAAUGACGCUGAAGUUUGGGAUAUUCCAGCUGAGAUUGGAAGGGAUGGAUUGUUCGAUGUCGUAGUCGGAAAGGGUUUCGUAAUGCUCGAGAUCGUUGAGGACGUGGAAGAUUUCCCUGUUCUUUCUCUCGACGUGGUUACGAUCAAAUAA